AUGAAGCACAUUUUGCAGAAUGUAUUACAUGUCCCGAAAGCACUGAAUUGCCUACUUUCAAUUCCUUGCUUAGCAAUUGGAGGAGGAAGGGUAGAAUUUAAAGGCAAUGGAUGCCAACUAUAUGACAAACUAGUAGGGUCAUUGGAAAGGGAAAGUUGA